GCCCCUCCCAUCACCCUGUUCUGUUUCCUAGUCUCCUCAUUCCAUUCAUCUUCUCUUGGGCGCUGGUUGUCUUUUUAAGCAUUGUCCAUCUUUCAGCUUUGCACAUAUCCUUGUCGGCUUCCUUCUCUCGACUCCAUUUCUAGCAGCCAUCAUGCAGCUUUCCAUACUCACCCUCGCGGCCGGACUGGCACCGGUGCUGGCCAUUCCUCCGACCGAAUUCGGACUCCCAGCCUCGGCCGGCAAUGCCCAGCUCAGCGUGGCGUUUACCUUCAACAGACAGACCACCGUGAUACAGCCGGCACAGCUGCUAGGAAGCAACAUCUCCAGCGCACAGCCCGAGCUGGCCAUCGACCCCAAGAGGGUGCCCGCCGCCGCCAACAUGAACGGCAACAUGGUCGUGUUGAUGAUCGACCCCGACGCGCCCACGCCCGGGGCCACCAACGGCCGCACCAUCCUGCACAUGCUGGCCACGGGCGUCCGCCUGAGCGCCGCCAACGGCACGGGCGCCUCCAACAGCAGCGCCGCCCUGCGCGGACAGCGCGCCCUCAACUUUGCGGCCACGCGCCCGCAGGUGCCCUACGCGCCCCCGGCGCCCCCGCCCACAUCGUCGGCGCACCGGUACAUCCUGUACGCCUUCGCGGAGCCGGCCGGCUUCAGGGUGCCGGCCGCCUUCUCCAACUUCAGCGCGACGAACCGGGCCGGCUUCAACAUCCAGAACUUCCUGCGCGACGCCAAGAUCAGCAGCGGCGCCGUGGCCGCAAACUACUUUUACGUCUCGCGCCAGACCCAGGUGCCGGGCACCUUCACCGGCCAGCCCGGCGGCACCUUCCCCGGCGGCAACGGCAACGCCAUCUUCGCUGGCCGCCAGGGUGGCAACGGCACGCGCGGCCCCGGCCGCGGCAACGGCACCGUGCCCACCAUCCCGCGGGCCGAGGCCCCCAGGGCGGCGGCGGCCAUGACGGCGCUUCUUGGCGCCGUCGGUUUGGCUGUGAGCUUUGUGGCGCUGGUCUAAGGGGUGGCGCGGCUGCUCAAAAUGUCUUGUAUUCUUGCUGUAACCUGUUGCUCUGUUUGCGUCGUCUGUUUUCCUUCUGCACCUAGUGUGUUGGGUACCUUGGGAAUAGCCGAAUAUCGAUACGUGUAAAUCUACAAUUUGGACAA